CUAGUUAUUCUGUGCGUCCGCCUGGAGUCACAUUUCGUAGUAAGAGGUCACGUGGAGUAACCCGAUUCCCUCACUGUCGUACUCUAGCACGGUCACAUGCCGCAUACUCGUACCGGCUUGGGACAAGAGUCGUGAGGAGAAGGAAGUCGGAGUGUGUGCUAUGGCGGUUAUUGCAGGCUCUCCCUCGUUUCUCUUACUCUCCUUAUGGCUUGCUACCGCUCUUGCCGGGGACUGUUCUGUAGGAUGGGAGGCACUCGGUGGCUCGUGUUAUAAGUUUAUUGUCUCCAGUCUGACGGUGAGGGGGCAGAGCUGGGAAAACGCCGAGAACCUCUGUCAAUCGUAUGGCGGCCAUUUAGCGAGCAUAAGUGACCAGUCAGAACAGAACUUCAUCACCGGGAGAAUUAAACAAUACACGAAUGAGCACUUCUGGGUUGGAUUUAAUGAUCGCGCAAACGAGAGCUCGUACAAUUGGACUGACGGGACAGCGAAACCAUUCUACACGAAUUGGCGACGAGGUGAGCCCAAUAACUUCCAGGAUAACGAGGACUGCACAGAGCUGCUGUACCAGGACGGCCUAUGGAACGACGACGACUGCAGCAAGGAAUACAGCUUUAUCUGCAAGACUUUAAAGGGUGCACCAGCUCCUACGCAACCGACCUUAAUGCCGCCGACAACACUUACGCCCCUCUCGUGUGAUGCCGGCUGGAGUCAGUACGGAGCAUCGUGUUACAAGUUCAGUACAAGCAGCAAGACAUGGCUAAUUGCGCAACAGGACUGCCAUCAGUCUGGCGGCUACUUGGUCAAAGUAGAUAACUCUGACGAGCAGCAUUUCUUGUCAUACAUGAUGAAAACGGUGAUGAAGCAGGCGGCAUGGAUCGGUCUGAACGACCGCGCAAUUGAAGGGACAUACGUCUGGGAAGGUGAUAACACGAAGCUGGGACAAAAUUACUCGCACUGGUACUCUGGGGAGCCUAAUGACCACGCAAGCGUAGAGGACUGCAUCUCCAUGUACUCCGGGAGCUUGGGCGGAUUUUGGAAUGACGAUUAUUGUGAUACUUUGAGGGCCUAUGUGUGCGAAAAGCCUAAUGGGCAAAGCUUGUGUCCGGUGAACUGGGUGCCGUAUAAAGAUUCAUGUUAUCACUUCAAUACCCAUCAGGCCCAACUCGUGACUUGGGAAAAAGCGUACAACGUCUGCCAAGCAGCAAUGCCUGGUUCGGACCUACUCAGUAUACUCGAAAAAGACGAGCAACAGUUUAUUGAACAGGUUCUGAGUGAUAGAAAAUCUGGUGACAUUUGGCUCGGGCUUAACGAUAGGGUAUCCGAAGGCACGUUUGUGUGGAGUGACCGCUCUCCCGUCAACUACACAAACUGGGGCCAGUACGAGCCAUCCAAGUAUGGAAGCGACAGCCGCGACUGCGUGUCUUUAAUUCCAUGGACGCCCUUCGGCUCGGGGGACUGGGGGACAGUCAGCUGUACCACAACCAACGCUUACGUUUGCAAAAAGACUAGGGCCUCGUCUAAAUGUGACGCACCGUUUGGUUUGGCGGACUACACAAUUGACGACUCGCUACUAACUGCCUCCAGUUCAGAUAGAACCUCCGUACCGGCCUUUGCUAGGCUACGCCUGCAAAGCAAGCCGGGGUCAUCAGGGGCCUGGUGCUCUGCUAAAAAUACGCUGGGCGAGUACCUUCAAGUAGACCUUGGACUAAGGCGGCAGGUUACCCACAUUGCAAUUCAGGGAAGACCUAAAUCUACAGACUUCGUCAAGUCAUUUUAUCUUAAGUACGGAAACGAUGGCUCCACCUUUAAUUACUAUGGAGCAAACGCUACCGAGAAUUACCUGGUGCUGAAUGGAAGCUCUGACUCAGACACAGUAGCAAACAUUAUGCUAAAAGAUCCAAUCAACGCCCGGUUCGUAAGGAUUUAUCCUUCAAGCUGGAGUAACAACAUAUGCUUGAGGAUCGAGAUCUACGGAUGUGCAUCGCAAGCGUAUUCCAGGAAGUGUGGUACAGGCUGGGAAGAAGGACCCGACAGCACUUGCUACCAGUUCAACACAGAUUCGCGCAAGAUAUGGGCAGAUGCCCGUGCGACUUGCCUCGGUCAAGGUGGUGAUCUGCUCAGCAUAGUCACAAACAACGAGAAGGCUUACAUCGAGACAAGAGUUAAAGCACUGGAUAGCAGCGCAGGAAACAUGUGGAUCGGCUUGAAUGACAGGGAAACCAGUCGACUAUUCUCCUGGAGUGACCAAAGUCCUUUGGCUAUUAUUAGAUGGGACGCAGGGUUCCCAAACGACCCCAAAAACACGAGGUCGUGUGUGGAGCUCGUUCCCAGUCGCGCCGCGUGGAGAGACGUGGACUGUGGACAAUUCAGGCCGUUUAUCUGCAAGAGGAAACUGGGCUCCAAUAACACUCCAAAGCUCUCUAGGACUGCAAAUUGGAUUAGCACCGCGGACUACUACUGGCCUCUUGAUAACAUCAUCCAAGGACGAGCCCUCGGCACGGCGAACGCUAAAGUAACAGGGAAUGUCAGCCACCCCGAAAUUCUUCAAAAUGGCCACGACGUCUUACAGUUCUCUCCGUCUGGAUCGUACCUCAGCGCAGGAGAUGUACCUGGGUGUGUCAGCGAUGCGGAGACUUGUAAUCCCGGCUUCACGGUAUCUGUUAUCAUCAAACUCGACUCGAGCGCCGCUUCCUGGACAAAUAGAGUCUUCCUGGUCGAUACCAUCGGGGACGAGCGUUUUGCGUCCUCGCGUGGUUUCUCCGUCUACCUCGAGGGGGGACGCAUAAAGGCUGAGGUUUUUACCGUUCAGCGGACAUGGUCAUUUUCCACUGGUAUGCCACGUGUUGGCAUGUGGCAUCACGUGAUGAUCACGUGGCACAAGACUGCAGGGUUGAUUUAUUAUUUGAAUGGAAGAGAAAGCGGCGUGAUGGCGUGGGCGAGGUUUGUCUACCCACAGCAUACUACUAACAACGUCGCGUUGACGAUUGGGUCAAAGCCUACCCAGCAAGCAACAGGACCAUUCUACAUGCGCAGCCUGGCAAUAUGGACGAGAGUGUUGGACGCUAAUGACGUCACAGACAUCUACAAUUCUGAGUUUGGUAACUGUAAGACCGGAUGGAAAGAAUUUGGACAGUUUUGCUAUCAAUUCAACAUGGAGAAAAAGUCUUGGUCUGCUGCGCGCCAACAGUGCCAGGCAAACGGUGGUGACUUGGUCAGCAUCCAGUCCCCAGUAGAACAGGCGCAUAUCACUCUUGAAGUCGGUCAAUUCGGUGUCCGCGAGUACGCAUGGAUAGGGCUUCACGACGAGUCCGUCGAGAGUGCAUGGGAGUGGUCGGACGGAUCACCUGUCCGGUUUACCAACUGGUACAACAAUCAACCGGACAACUGGCUUGCGCAAGAAGACUGUGCGCACACUUACCAUGAACCCCAUGCUGUUGGCCGCUGGAACGAUAUGCCCUGUUACAGUGGAAACAGUUACAUAUGCAAAGCAAAGAAAGCGUAUGUUCCGUUCGGUGGAAGUGUCAACCCAACAACUGCUCCGGAGACCAAAAUAAUCUGCGAGUUCUCAUCAGCGAUACUAAGCUGUCCGGCAUCUACCACCAUCACCAUUCAGUCCGCCAAUUUUGGCCGGACAUCCAGCGCUCCAUGCGGCAUGAUCAGUGUGACGAACUGCGUAAAUAACGUGACUGAUCGAAUGAAGGACCUUUGUGAAGGAAAGAACUUCUGUUCCGUACGGCCUGUGACGGGGUUGUUUGGUAACGAUCCUUGCCCAUCUGUAACGAAGUACUUGGAGACAACUUAUACUUGUACCAAAGGCACCGUAGUGACACCGGGCUGUCCGGUGGGCUGGAAGCGAUCUCCGGACGGCAACGUGUGUUACGGACUAAUACUGGACAAGAAAACUUGGCCUGACGCACGUGACUCGUGCCGUGCCCAGGGCGCGGAGCUAGCUAGUAUACACACCGGCUGGGAGAGUGCCCUGGUGACGAGUCUCCUAGUGACGUCAUGGGACGCCGGUGACGUAUGGAUUGGUCUGACGGACACCAAUCAGCGCGGCAUGUACCGCUGGACUGACGGUAGCCCUGUGGACUGGACUCACUGGUGGAAUGGGGAGCCUAAUGACCGUGGCAUCACGGGAAGUUGUGUGCGGGCGACCAUGACGGUUAGCAGUCGGGACUGGAUGUACUGGGUUGACAGCGACUGCACCGAAAAUAGUCAUGCGUAUGUCUGCAAGAUGUUUAGACGUAAUUACACUCCUCCGCCACCCAGCCCUACUACAGCUGCAACUGGUCCUUGUCCUUUUGGAUGGAAAGUUUACAGAUCUGCUUGUUAUCGAGUUUUCAUGUCCCCAUCAACAUGGACAGGAGCCCGCGAUGCUUGUCGCGCCACCGGUGAUAACACAGAUCUGGUCAGCAUGCACGAUUCAGGCGAGAGUUUGUUUGUUCAGUCGCUGACCAACAACUCUCUCACCCUAUGGAUCGGACUUAAUGACCGAGGGUCCAUUUCAGGUCACUUAUGGAGCGAUGGCACGCCUGUUCAGUUUACACGCUGGGGUCCGGCUGAGCCCGACAGCCACUCUGGUCAGCAGCCCUGCGUUGUUUUGAAGUCAACGGGUUACUGGGGUGACGUCGGAUGCUAUGCGACCAGGCCUUAUAUGUGCAAACGGACGCGGCCUUCUCGUGCGACACCCUCUAGAACCCCUACAAGUACGCCAUCGCCCACCACGCAAGCUCCCGGUGUGUGCGACGCCGGCUGGGUGUACUGGGGAGGUCUGUGCUAUUACUUUAGUAAUGCGACCACAGCGGAUUUAAAGACGUGGAUGGAAGCACGGGAUUUUUGUAGAAAGUCACGUGGAGACCUCGUGAGUCUGAGGACAGCCAAUGAGAAUGCAUUUGUCUUUUCUGAAAUCAAGACGAGAUACUACUAUUGGACGGUCUGGAUAGGUCUCAACGACCUUGGAACUGAGGGGGUCAACACUUGGUCCGACGGUUCCCCUAUGUCUUACAUCAAUUGGGGUAACAAAGAGCCGAAUAAUUGGAAUGGAAUGGAGGACUGCGGAGAGAUGUCCCGAUUUGACGGCAGAUGGAACGACCAGAACUGUAAUCUCAAGAGGACUUUCGUAUGCAGAAAACAUAAUAAUACCAUAUUUCCACCGUUCACCAUGAUUCCACCGAGUCCCGGACCAGCUGUCGGUAAAUGCGAUUCCGGCUGGAUAAACUAUGACAAGAGCUGUUACAAAUUUGUGUUUGAUCAGCGUCAAAAUUGGGCAAACGCUGAGUCUGUAUGCUCGCAAGGACUAAAUUCUACAAACUCAGGCCACCUUGUUGUCAUCAAUAACCUUUACGAACAGGCGUUCCUCACUACUAUGCUUGCCAGUAACCGUGGUAACGUCUGGAUAGGUCUUAAUGAUUUGCACACAGAGGGCACGUUUGGUUGGGUCGACUACUCCUCCGUGGCGUACACCAACUGGAUUGCGGGCAAGCCUGGCUGGAGUUACUGGGCAGAUUGUGUUGGGAUGUCCACGUCAAGCUCAUCCCUAGGCGAGUGGGAUGUCGAAGUCUGCUCUGGCUUUCAGGGAUAUGUCUGUGAAACAGAUGCCCUUCCUCUUGGGCCCACUACAACGCCACCGACUCCAAGCCCAGAUUGUCCAAGUGGGUACAGUAAAUACGGGGAAAGCUGCUAUCUGAUGUACUACAACAAGCUGAAUUGGAAAGAGGCCGGCGAGGUCUGUCAGAAGGAUGGAGCACAGCUCAUUAGCAUUCAUGGAGUCAAGGAACAAGCUUACAUGAUCAAAAAUCUGAAAGACCUCGUGGGUAACGUGUGGACAGGCAUGGUGCGCAUGCCCAACUCGCUCAUGUUCACGUGGUCGGACCAAAGUGUCAAGCAGUACACGAACUGGGCACGUGGGCAGCCGGGACAGCCUGGGACGAGCCAGACUUGCGUGCAGGUUAACAACAGUAUCACCAGCAAUGGCCGCUGGUCAGCGGUUGACUGUGGUCUUAAGAAUUCUUUCAUGUGCAAGAUUUACAAAGGGGAACCCCAUGUCACUCCAUCACUCCUAGGAGAGUGCCAGCCUGGCUGGGUGAAAUUUGACAAGUUCUGCUACUUGUUCAGCGGCAUAUCAGCGUACGUCACGUGGUCACAAGCGCGUUCCACGUGCACGCGACAGGGCGCUGACCUGGUCAGCAUACUCAACCAGGAAGAACAAGAUUUCCUAAUAUACCAAUCAAAGAGCUCGUCCAGGUCUAUCUGGAUUGGUCUAAAUGACCGCAACAUAGAAGGCGGUUGGCAGUGGAGCGAUGGAAGCCCGUUGGCGUAUGUCGCGUGGAAUGGUGGCGAACCUAAUGAUCUAGUAGGCGUGGAGAACUGUGGCGAGAUGGUGGCUGGAAACAGGCUGUGGAAUGACUACUCAUGUUCUCAGCAAAGGGGAUACAUCUGCAAAAGUAAACUCGAGUGUUCUUUUGCUCUGGGCAUGAGCAGUGGGGGUAUCACAAAUACUCAACUCACCAGUUUGCUCAGCCAACCUGGAUAUGGCCCGAGUAUGGCCCGGCUUAAUGGCAGUACGGCCUGGUGUGCUAAUGUCUCCCAGACGCCUUAUAUACAGGUGGAUUUCCUGAACCAGACACGAGUAACAAAGAUCGCCAUGAAAGGUCUGAAUCUCGCUGGCAGUGCAUCUUACGUGCGGUCGUACACUGUACAGUACGGCUCUUACAAAGAUCAAUGGGAGACGUACACUGUUAAGGGCCAAACAAAAGUCUGUGCAGGUAACUCGGAUACAAGCGGGGUGGUCACAGUCAAUUUUGACCCACCCAUCGAUGCACAGUAUUUGCGUGUUUAUCCUGAAACCUGGAGUAACAAUCCUUGCGCUAAAAUUGAGUUCUAUGGCUGCCCAUUCGAGUGUGAGUCGCCCCGAGGUAUGUCAAGUGGGAAGAUGAACGAUGAUCAAAUUACCGCUUCGUCAUCUACCAGUGACGCGCGAACUCCACCUCAGGCCAAACUUGCAGGCAACGGCUGGUGUCCAAAGACCUCAGACCCCAAACCUUGGAUUCAGCUCACGUACAAGGACGAGAAAAGGCUGACAAAGGUUGUCACGUGGGGAGGGGGCUCGUCUGGGGGUUAUGUGAGCAAGUAUCGUCUAGCGUACAGCGACGAUGGGGUCGCGUGGAUUGAUUACACGGAGAAGGGCGUUGUGAGGAUGUUCCGAGGAAACGGGGACACGAAAUCUCAUCUCACGCACGUGCUUGGGGAGCCCAUCAGGACGAGAUAUGUCCGCCUUCUUCCUGUGGCCGGGUCUUCAGAUGGGAAAUGCUUGCGAUUUGAUUUCUAUGGAUGUGCUAGUGCUUGUCUCGAGCCUCAAGGUCUCGAGCAGGGGACAAUAGAGGACUCGUGGAUAGAGGCAUCUUCUGAGCUGGAUGGUGAUCACGGCGCGGCCAUGGCCCGGUUAAACGCUCCCUACGGAUGGUGUGCUGCCACAAGUGAUAAAGAUCAGUACUUGACGAUUAACCUUAAUCGACCUAUGCGAGUCAGACAAAUUGCGACUCAGGGAUCCCCCGAUGGCACAGGCUACGUGAAAUCCUUCGCUUUGGUCUUCAAGCGUGAAGAUACCAAAUGGAAGAAUAUCCAAGACUUUGAUAAAACAAUCAAGACCUUUACGGCAAACACUGAUGGGAGCACUGUGGUGACUACGACAUUCCCAAAGGCUGUGCGUGGGCAGUACUUCCGCUUGAAGCCGCUGACCUGGUCUCGCAACAUUUGUAUUCGUGUCGAGUUGUAUGGCUGCUUACCAAAUAACGCCCCUACUGUGAGCCCGCCAACAGAAAAGCCCAGUGGUAAUCCUACAGAUGGUACCGUAGCACCCACUGAGCCGCCGUACGUGGUGUAUCGAGCAAAAAUCAGGCUUACCGCGACGGGAUGGUCAGACGACUACAGUAAAAGCAGUAGUGCCGCCUUCAAAACUCUGUCCAGUCAGGUCACCUCAUCUGUGAGGUCUCUUUAUAGCGGUUCCUCCGACACAGAUUCACUUGCUUUCAAAGAAGUCGCCGUAAAUUCUUUUAGACGAGGUAGCGUAAUCGUAGACUUCAACGUGACUUUUAUCACGGACCUGGCUGAGGGCGCUAAUGUGACGGGAAAACUACGAGCUGCCGUGAGAAGUGGGAAGGUUGGCGAACUACAAGUUGAUCCUGACUAUUUCUACAUCACUAAAGUCGUUUCAAGUGGUGGGAAAUCGCAACGUCAAAAAGGAGAUCAGUCUUCGGGUCUCUCACCUGGAGGAAAAGCAGCCAUUGCUGUCGUAUUUGUUAUCGCAUUACUGAUUGGUGGAGCCGUGGCCACGUGGUACUAUUUUAAGAAAUAUCGCGGUGGCAAGCUUCAAUUCAAGCAUCAAACAUUUGAUAAUCCGAUCCACUUCUCUUCAAAGGCGUACGACAUUGACGCAUGAACCGAGAGUUUUAGCACAAAAUUUUGAUCAUUCUGCAAACUAAAGCUCAUCCCGAUCAAGCGACAAACUUCAGUCCCGUCCAUCGAAUGUCUUAACAAUUUGAAGUUGAUUAACGAAUGCGAAGACUUUGCAGAACGCUCACAAUAAACCACAUUAAUCAUAGAUCAAUAAUUAUAUCUUAGAUACCAAAA